UACAUGAUGUUGCUAGCUCGUUGUGACAUACCUUUUGGCUAAUUGUAAAUAAAAGGGUUGUGCAAACCCUACUUUUGCCAGAAAGAAGCAAGACGUCGAAUGCAAGACACCUAAAGUAGAAUCUUUAGGCCACAGACGAAUUUUGCCGAGUCAGGAAUUAUUUGUUAGAAUGCCACGAGGGGGAUUGAGAGGACGAGGAAGGGGGCGUGGUCGUGGUCGUGGGGGCCGAAGAGGUGGAAGGGGGCGAUCUCAAAACAGGAGCCCAGCGCAAGUUACAGUCGACACAGAGAAAACGGAUAUUAAUUUGGAGACUAACCCCCAGGACUAUUUUACCGGGAAUGUGACAGUGGAGCAGCACUACAACGGACAGAACGAGAACAGGGAGAGGUACGCCGCCACCAUGGCCGUGCUGCAGGAAAACGGGGUGGACGUGGCACAAAAUGCUCGAAUUCGAGCUUUAGCUGCUGCUUGGGCACGUAAAGAUUUCAAAUUGGCAGAAUCCUUCCUUGGAAACCGUGAUAAUUUUGGUUUGAACGAGGUUCUGAAAGCUCUACAGCUUCUGGAUGCAGGGCGACAGGCAAGGGUGCUGGAAAAAAAGAUGAAAAUGCUGCAGGUGUCCAAAAACAAAGUCAAAUCAACAACCAUGGGAAAGCUGAAAUCAGACAUUGACAACCUCAAUAAGAUGAAAUCACCGUAUGGCUCUGCCAGUGGUGCGGUCUGUAAACAUAUCAGGAGAUGGGUGCAACAUUUCACGGCAAAGGAACUGGAGUUCUAUGCUAUCCAUUUUCCUAAAGAACCCUGGAAGAAACUUGCCGAUAUCUGCCAUUUUCACCCACAAAAGGAUUUCCCCUCCCUGGACUGGUUCCUGCCCUACUGCUAUGGACAGUCCGCCCCCGCUGACACCACUGUGGGUCGUAUGGUGUCAAUGAAUGCUGAGAAUGUGAACGAGCUAUUGGAGGGCCUCAAUAUUCCGUAUCUAACAGUGAAACCUCACAAGGACAAACUGACAAAUGUCUCCAAAGGUCGCAUAGCAGAUCGGGAGGAUAAACUGGACACUGUUUUAUGGUGGUAUGAGGAGCUGGCCUGCCCGGAAGUGGAUGACGCUGUACAGAGGAGGCUGGAGAAAGCAGACCCAGUGACCUUACCCAUUGGCAAGCUUCUGGAGCGGCUUAUGGUCUUCAAAUCUCUGAAUGCCAAGUUCUAUCAUGAUCUAUUGAAGAUUGCAGAGUACAGGCUGAAGCAGAUCAAGCUUCCCUUGGAGUCUCCUGUUUUUGUGAUGGGAGAUGCUUCAUCAUCCAUGUCUGUUGCUGUGAAAACCAGUACCAUCAUCGCUGGGAUUUUGACGGCCAUUACCUCAGCUAAACUUUCAUUCUUCAACGGUACACACAGAGAACCAGAUAAAGUUCCAACCAGUGUAGAGGAGGUGCUAGAGCUGGCUUUAAAUACUCCAGCCAGUGGAUGCACUGCUAAUGCAGCCAGCUUGUAUCCUUACUAUGAACGGAAGGAGGUCCUUAAGACUCUCAUCAUGGUCACAGACGAGGAGGAGAAUACCAACUUUCAGAACUUCAGAUUCAAGGAGCUAUACACCAAAUACUGUGAGGAGGUGUACCCAGCCAGGCUGGUCUUUGUGUCCUUCCUCCAAAACCAGCACUCCAAAGGACAGAUGGUGACGGAGUUCAAGGCCAGCAACAUUGACGUCAUGCAGUGCGUGUUCCAUAGCUCCCAGCCGGAUCUGACCAAGCUGGAUAAACUGUUCGGACUGCUGUCGGCUGAGACGCAGUCGUUUGAGGAACAGAUCAAAAUGACGGAGGAGCAAGUGAGGACACAGGGGGUAGACAAGGUGUUUGAAAAAUUCAAGUCCAGUCAAGGACAGUAAAAUGAAUUUGAUUUCAUGGUGCAAUAAUUAAUUAUCUUCAUUUGCUGUGAUUAUUUAUGCAUUAUAUAUUACUAGUUGUUGUUUUUUUUAACUUUACACUGACUGAGCACUUUUUACAUUUGUUGACGCGUUUUGUUAUAGAUGUGAUAUUAUUUAUUUCUUAUAGAAACUAUGAUAUUAGAAAGUGUGACUAAGGUUUAUACAACCUUCUGAGGUAAACUUUUGUCUUGUCUACUUAUGUACAUGUAUUAGUAUUUACUGUUAACAAGAUAGAUUCUAUUACACCUAUUUUGAUGUUGAUGUUCAAAGUCUUUGUCAUAAUCUACCUGCAUAUCAGGAUCUUAAUUUGAUUAUUUAUACAUGUAAAUAAAAUAUUAUAAUUUUAAUAUUUACAUGCCUAGUUGUUUUUUAUACAUGUGUUGAUGUUAUUUCAAAAGUACCAAAAAUUUUAUGUGCACAGUAUGUGGUAUUUUUAUAGUGUAAUUGUAUAACUGUAUUAUUAGAAUAGUUUACUUAUUUUUAUGUGCAUAUAUUUAGUUUACAGAAUUUAUAAGCAAAAGCUCAAUAAGGUUUGACUUGUACAAAUUACUAGUUGUAUAGCUAUGCCAGAUAAAUCUCGUUCUCUUUGAAUCCUUGAGAAAUGUACAAUACUUUCAAAUUGCAUGUUUUAAUAUUGCUAAAUGAAUAUACUGGUAGUUGGUUUCAUUAAUUUCAACACAUUUGUAAGGGUGCCAAAAAAUCUUAAAAUCAAAUUGUAUCAGCAAUUAUAAGGACAUGUUAUACAUUUAAAGACAUGUAUGUAAUACAUCAAAUUUUUUUGUAAAGCACAAUAGAUGAAGUACCAGUAAUAGAAUGUGUAUAACUGUUUUACUGACAGUCUGCAAAGUCAUGCAAUGUCUGUAUAUUGGUUAUCUCAGAAGUCAUCCUUUGUCUGCAUUGGCUAACUAGAAAACAGCCACCUGCACUUUUUUGGUACAUUCAUUUUCUCUGGAUGUUUAAGAAAUUAUGUAUAAGAAACCUUUUCCAUCAAUUUGUUAAGUCAUGAGCCACGCAGUAAUGAAAUUGAACUCCGAUGUUUAUUUGUAACAAAAGUACUGUUAGAUUUAAUAUUUGAGUGUUUCAUUUAGACAUGUGUGACUUGUGAUAGUGAUAUAUACCGGUAGUGUGUUUUUACUUUUAAAUGUUAAAAUUUAUAAAUUUUGUCAAUGAAUGAAUUUUAUGUGUAGGCAGGCAUUCAAUGUCUCUUUGAUCAGUUUGUUUGUGUACAUGAAAGACCAAUUUCUUUUGGCCAUUUUGGCCACAUUUUAUUGCAAUACAUGUACUCUGGUACUUUAAACUUAAAUAAAUCAGUUGUGAAAUAA